GCAGGCGGAGAAUUAAAAGCGGGUUUCAGGCGGCAGCAGGCCCCUCCCCUGCCCUCGGAAGGAGAGAGCGGGCGAGGAGAGCUCGCAGCCCCGGGGCCUCUCCCACGGCCCGCAGCACGAUUUCUGCGCCCUGGGAAGGCUUGGUGGGAGGCUGCCUUCGGGGAAAAGGGUCUUUUACCGAGAGCAUCGCCGGCUGGAAGGCGGAGAGGCCCCGGGGAGGUCCCAGCGACUCUGGGAGAAUCUUCCGGGCUCCUCUUGUGGGGACCCCUGCGGCCUUUACCUGGGCAGGCGCGUCCGGUCCCGUCCGCAACCCGGCGAAGUCCAGGCCCGCAGUCACCCAGGUGCCGAGCAAGCUCGAGGAGACAGCGGAAGGACUUUCCGGACGGCGCUGUCGCUCACGGCCCCGCACCAAUCACCGCGCAGCCUGCCCUCGGGCCCACCCCUUUGGGGGCGUGUCCUUGGUGAGUGAUAGACAGAGCCGCCCGGCCCGCUCAGCCCAGCCCACGUUGCUGCUUAGAUUGAAAUGCAGAACUCAAGCCUCUUUCAGCGGGGCACAGACUUCCUUUUACUCCUUCCUUUUGCACUCUCGCCGCCUCCUCCCGGAGAGAAGCGGAGGCACCCACGGCCCGGGGCAGCGACAGGCUGGGGCACUGAGGCCGUGCGAAAGUUUCUUUCUGGAAGCUCGGAACUGGGGCCCGGUUGGUGUGCUGCUCGGAGCAAUGGAGCCAGCCUUCGGGGAGGUGAACCAGCUGGGAGGAGUGUUCGUGAACGGGAGGCCGCUGCCCAACGCCAUCCGGCUUCGCAUCGUGGAACUGGCCCAACUGGGCAUCAGACCGUGUGACAUCAGCCGCCAGCUACGGGUCUCUCAUGGCUGCGUCAGCAAGAUCCUGGCGCGCUACAACGAGACAGGCUCGAUUUUGCCAGGAGCCAUCGGGGGCAGCAAGCCCCGGGUCACCACCCCUACCGUGGUGAAGCACAUCCGGACCUACAAGCAGAGGGACCCCGGCAUCUUCGCCUGGGAGAUCCGGGACCGCCUACUGGCCGACGGCGUGUGUGACAAGUACAACGUGCCCUCCGUGAGCUCCAUCAGCCGCAUCCUGCGCAACAAGAUCGGCAACUUGGCCCAACAGGCCCAUUACGACUCGUACAAGCAGCACCAGCCCGCUCCGCAGCCGGCGCUGCCCUAUAACCACAUCUACUCCUACCCCAGCCCCAUCACGGCGGCCGCCGCUAAGGUGCCCACGCCGCCCGGGGUGCCCGCCAUCCCCGGCUCCGUGGCCAUGCCGCGCACCUGGCCCUCCUCCCACUCUGUUACCGACAUCCUGGGAAUUCGCUCCAUCACCGACCAAGGAGUCAGCGACAGCUCCCCCUACCACAGCCCCAAGGUGGAGGAGUGGAGCAGCCUGGGCCGCAGCAGCUUCCCCGCCGCCGCCUCGCACGCGGUCAACGGGCUGGAGAAGGGAGCCCUGGAGCAGGACGCCAAGUACGGCCAGGCACCAAAUGGCCUCCCAACUGUGAGCAGUUUUGUGUCAGCAUCCAGCAUGGCUCCUUAUCCUACCCCGGCCCAAGUGUCGCCUUACAUGACCUACAGUGCUGCUCCUUCUGGUUAUGUUGCUGGACAUGGAUGGCAACAUGCCAGUGGCACCCCACUUUCCCCCCACAACUGUGACAUUCCCGCAUCGCUGGCAUUCAAGGGCAUGCAGGCAGCCAGAGAAGGUAGUCACUCGGUCACAGCUUCCGCACUCUGAUGGGAAGUUCCGUCUGCAACAGCUUCACCAGGGCCCCCUCAGCACACCCGCCCCAUGUCCCCCAAUCUCAGACCUCACCCUCCUCCCCUCCCUCCCUUCUGCCUGGAGAGCUGGUUUUACGGACUCACCUCCUUUGUGCUGAUGACACUUAAAUAUUUCUUGCCAUAACUUCUCUUUCACAGAAAACCUGACAUGAUGUUAGGAUUCAAAAACAGAAGCAAUAUUAAGGACUGAAUGAGACAUUUGUGCUGCCCACACACUGUUUUAAUGUAGUGAAGAAACCUGCACCCCUCAAAGGGCUUAAGGAACUUUUUAAAUGAUUCUUUGGUAAAACCACAUGUGUAUAUUUAUUCUAAAUCAACCUAAACUUUUGAAACGUGCAAUUGUUGAGAUUUCACAAAAUCAAUAAAGGAAAAUACAUAUAGAAAAAAGUUAUGCUACACCCUCUAAUCAAAUAAGGUGACCAAAUAAGCCUUAAUUCAUCAUUAGGAAACCAAUCAAUAAUUGAUUUGAGUGAUCCUUUAUUUUUAAGAGAUGACCUGUUUUGUUGGAGAAUAUAUGUAUAACACAAGCAAUAUCUGAAUUUAGCUCCUCCCGGUAUUUUGGCUUGGUUCCAAAUAUGACAAUGUUUAUAUUUCUAUUAGUUUGUAAAUAUGGACUCUGGAUGGUGCAUUUGUGUUUUCAUUCCAUGGGGUGUCCCCCUCCCCCACUCCUCUAUUUUUUCUUUCUUUUUGCAAAGGUGACUUUUUGGCAACGUUUUUGCCUCUGUUUGGUGGUGGGCUGCUCAGGCUCCUGGAUCUGGACUUGCCAUAAAUUCUGUGUGUGCAGGGAAGGCUUCAACAUCGCAUGAAGGACAUUGUCUUUCUACAGCAGAGAUUCGAACAAUAGAUAAAACAAGCCAGUCUCCCAUUCUGUACCCUAAUCAGACAACACACGUGCCAAACAUACAAAGACAAGGUGGACAAGGUUUGAACAAGAAGGCUCUAAAGGAAGUCACUUAAAACUCAACGUUUAAUGUGAAAAGCUUUGCAAAGACACUUAAAAUGAACUUUCUGUUAAGAAAACCACUGUGAAACUAAAUUGUACUGUUAUUGUUGGCUAACCUGUGUGUUCAGCAAUCUCAGCCCAAAAUUACAUUGUAAUUUAAAGAAAAUGGGAAAUUCUGCUCUAAUGAAUGUAAAAAUGGCUUGCUGUGAAGUUUACAUUGUUGUACAGAAGCAUGUUUCACAUGUAGGUAAACUGGUGGUGGUAUUAGUAAUACAGAUGCUAUUUAAUUUUUAAAAUUUCCCUUUAUUCAUUUCUGGAGUUACAGGACACCGUUUAACUGAUAAAUCUUUCUAGACCAAUUUUAAUGUUAAAAAUAGAGCUGUGGGGCAAAUGUGUGUGUGAACGUGUGAUUAUAUGUUGCAUUUUAAAACAAUUGAUUUUCUUGGGCAAAAUUCUAGUUUUUAAUCUCUUCUGUUUAGAAUGUUCUUCCUGUUUGGCAACAUAGCCUUAAAAAUAUGUUUGUAAAACAUUGGUACAAUUCACCUGUUGGAGAAUUAAUAUAUUGCAAGUUUUUGGUAUUAAUUCUGUGCAAUAACUAAAAGGGCACAUCACUAGACAUGGUUGUUAGAGAUGAGUUAGGUGAUUUUGAUUUCUUCCUAUCUGUGCUGUGCACAGCCUAUAUGGCAAUCAAGUUAUCACAUUGGUUUCACGGCUUCAUUGAACACUCAGAUGGCUAGAUUAGCUAGGUUUUCAAAUCACUAGGAUAUAAACAGUAAACAGAUUUCUGACGUACAAGUUAUGUUCAAGGACUUGUUUUCUCCAAGCAGCAGAUAUCUUAUAGAGAGCUUUGAACUGCAUUUAUUUUUAAAGCAAUCGAAAUUCAGUGCUACAAAUAGAGGAUUAUAACUUCAGGAGAAGAAUAAGCAGAAGGAGCAGAUGAACUCUCAGGGCCAUAGUCUUCCUUUGAUCUUGUAAAACUCCUAUUGACAUCUGGAGUUCCUAGUCUGGUGAGAAAAUAGACUAUAAACCGAAUGGAACAAAGAUACCAAUCCAAUAUCUUGGUGGAGACUUUAAAACCAUACCAUACAGUGACUCUGCUGCCGUCUAGAAAAACUGACAUAAGGUACAGAAUUUUUCCUUAUCAGAUGUUUUAGGUGGCUACUAGGAGUCUUUAAAAAACUAUCAAUUGUUUGUAUGGAAACAUAACUAAAUGUUGUUUUCUUUAUCUAAAUUAAGAAAUUUCUUGUUAUUAUGCUAUUUAUAAUUUUUCUGGUUCUUGUAUUUUUUUUUAAA